AUGAUCCACACUGGGGAAUGGCCUUACAAAUGUGGGGAAUGUAGGAAGGGCUUCAGCUACAGGUCAGAACUCAUCAGGCACCAACGCAUCCACACUGGGGAGAGGCCCUACGAGUGUGGGGAAUGUGGGAAGGGCUUCAGCUGCAGCUCCGCCCUCGUUACCCACCAACGCAUCCACACUGGGGAGAGGCCCUACCAGUGUCCCACAUGUGGGAAGAGGUUUCAGACCAGCUCCCAUCUCCGUCUGCAUGAGCGGAUUCACACAGUGGAGAGGCUCUUCCACUGCCCUGACUGUGGGAAGGGCUUCAAGCAAAAGUCCCACCUCAUCACCCACCGGCGCAUCCACACCGGGGAGAGGCCCUACGAGUGUCCCCAGUGUGGGAAGAGCUUCACCCAGAGCUCUGCCUUGACCAGACACCAACGGAGGCACCGGUAA